GAAGAUCUCUAGGUGGUGAAGAACCCAUAAGCCUCAGUCUUUGCCUUUUGAGGUCUCCAAGAUAACCUUCUGGUCCAGGGUCCGCCCCAUGGAGCAGGAUGAGACAUGCUCGUGUUUCUUCUUUCAGAAGGUGCACAGGAAGAGCUCCAUGAUCAACAGUCUGAAGGAAGAAGAUAGCUCAGUAACGUCAUCUCAGUCUGACAUCUUGAGGAUCAGCAAAUCCUUUUACGCUAAACUGUAUGACACGAUGCCCAUAGGCAGUGUGGUCUUCCAGUCAUUCCUGUUGUCUAUCGCAGCAGCAUGGAGGAGAGUCUGGACCGGCUGUUAUCCCUCAAUGAGCUGACCAAUAUCCUUGAGUCCUUUUAGAAGACUAAAACUUCCAGAAGUGACAGGUUACCAGCCACAUUGUAUUCCGCUCUGUGGGACUUGGUUGGCUAGGACCUAGGGAGGUGUAUGACAGUACGCUUCUGGCCGGUAGCAUGUGCGAAUCCAUGAGGAAAGGUAUCAUCACCCUCAUCUUCAAACAGAAGGGGAAGAGGGAGGAAAUCAGAAAUUGGUGACCAAUUUCACUGCUGAAUGUGGAUUACAAAAUUGCGCCAACCGCAUCAGGUCUGCUCUGGGUCGGCGAUUCAUUACGACCAAACCUGUGCCGUACCGAACAAGAAGAUCUCUUAGACCCUUGUGGUACUCAGGGAUACGAUCGCCUGUGCAGGACAGGCAGAUGGAUGCCUGCCUCAUCAGCCUGGACCUUUGAUAGGAUAUCACACACCUACAUGAGGGAUGGGCUCUCUACAAUGACCCUGAGAGGAGUGGCUAUUCUCGGCAGUGGAGACCUUCAGGUCAAAGCCUCCCUGUACAUGGAUGAUGUCACCAAUUUCUGCUCUGAUCCGGUGUCACUGCGUAGACUCAUGAGCAUCUGAGACCAGAGCCAUCUUGCACUUCAUCUGGAAGUCAAAGAUAGACUGUGUCCGUAGGGACACAAUAUACAAAGCUCUGGAUAACGUGGGGGAAGGAUGUAUCCAACGCCGCCCUCAUCCUGAUGACCACCUUUGUGUGUGGCUGCAUCAAGAUGUGCAUAUACCCUCGAUGGGGAAUUUCAAGGACAACAACGAGUCAAACUACAGAAGGGAGAUGGAGGGCUUGGUGACGUGGUGCAAUGAAAACAAUCUGUCUCUCAAUGUCAGCAAAACUAAAGAACUGAUCAUUGACUUCAGAAAAAAAGGAAGAAAACACGCCCCCAUCUACAUCAACAGAAAUGAGGUUGAGAGGGCGAAGAGCAUCAAGUUCCUUGGAGUGACGAUAACUGACAACGUGUCCUGGACUUCCUACAUAGAUACAACAAUCAAGAAGGCACAACAACACUUCUUCUUCCUCAGUCGGCUCAGAAAAUUUGGCAUGUCCAUAAGGUCCCAGACCAACUUCUACAGAUGCACCACCGAACGCAUACUAUCUAGGUGCAAAAUGGCUUGGUAUGGCAACUGCUCUGCCCUGGACUGUAAAAAACUACAGAAGGUGAUGUGCACAGCCCAGACCAUCACGGAAGCCAACCUUCCAUCCAUGGACUCCAUUUACCUGGCUCACUGCCGUGGAAAGGCUGCCAACAUCAUCAAAGACCCAUCGCACCCCAGUAAUGAUCUCCUACAACCUUUUCUGUCAGGCAGAAGAUAUAGAAGCCUGAACGCAUGCACGAGCAGCUUCAGUAACAGCUUUUGCCCAGCUGUUAUGAUAUUGAUGAAUAGAGUCUCUAGACUCAAAUAAUGCUGAUCUUGCUAACGUUGAUUCCGCCAAGUGCACGCCCUGUGCAGUGUUACCUGUAUGCCUAUGUCUAAGUCUGUUUGAUCUGUACAUUCUUACUUACUAUGAUCUGUCUGUACUGCUUGUAAACAAAACCUUUUCACUGUAUUUCAGUACACAUGACAAUAAAUCAAUCAAUCACUCAAAA